UGUGAUUAGCUCGAGCAGCCGUUUGUAGUAGCGAAGCCUAACCUCCGCUCAGCUCCAGAAAACUGUCUGCUUCGCCUUCCCUUUUGUCUGCUAGAGCUGCGCCCAGCUUCGCCCUCGGAGUUGCCUUGUAUUUAUUUGCUCCGGUUGGAAAUUUAUGUGGGUGGCGUUUCUAGGACUACUUUCGGACAAGUCUGCGCCGACAGCCCGAAACGAAACAUCACAAGUAACUUGUCAACAAACCCCCGUUCUGCGUUUUCCGAUCCCAUGGAACGUCCCAAAAAUGAUUGACUGACUGCGAUUCUGAAUGCUGUCCUGGCGGUCUACUCUGUCGCUGAACAGUGGGUGCUUGCGCGUGAAAGUUGGUGCCGCCCAUAACCCGCAACUCUGUAUGCCGACUGACUGCCACUCGGCCGCCGACACAGUGGAGUGACACUGCACCGAGGCCACCAUGGACGGGGACUCGCUUCCCACAGUGUCGCUGCAAGAGAAGAGACAGGCACUCUGCAAAUGCAUUCGCAGCGACAUGCACGCGGCUGACGUUCGAUGGAGCCUGUUUGUGGCUGCCGCCCAGAGCUACAAGUACGAUACAAUUCUGAGGCCGUUCCCCCCACACUUUGUCUGUGGCGAUGUCAAAGAAAUUGAUAGACUUCGAGACGUCAUGACUCAGAUGGUAGCCUUUCCCACCUUACUCUCUCUUCUGGAGAAUCCGACAGUGGAUUCAAGGAAUCGGGAAUCCCUUAUUGAAUUACUUUAUUGGGCUCUCAUCAUUCAAGAUGAUCCUGGAUUCAGGACCUUGUCCAAAGAAGAGAUUGAUGAGGUUAUUUCAAAAGCGCCAGGAGGGAAAGUCACAAGACCUCAUUUUAUUUUUGCUGUCGACCACAAAAGCACUAAUGAAAAAAACAAAAGAUUUCUUGAACUGUCCAAAGGCCAUAAAACAUUUUGGGGAUACCAUGGAUCCCGAUUAGAGAACUUCUAUUCCAUCCUAUGCCACGGUCUUCUUUCUACCUUGUCCAAACGUGAUAUUUAUGGUACUGGCUCUUACCUUGCUAGCGACUAUAAUACAGCCCUCCUCUACAGUCAAAGUGGCAGUGGCUGGGGUGGUUCUCUCAUUGGCAGUGGAUUAAGUUGUAUGGUCCUCUGUGAAAUAGUUGAACAUCCUGAUGUCAUCUAUGAAAAACAAGAUGCAGUCACAAGCAAAGCCGCAGAAGAUAGUCAAUUUGGACCUGUGCCACAAAAAUAUAUUUUGGUUAAAAACAGUGACUUAGUAAAAAUUAGGUAUUUAAUGGUUGAUGGAAGAAAUCCUCACCCUAUGACCUGCCGAAAAAAUGCUGAUGAUUCAAUGAUGGGCUGGUUCAGUAAACACAAACUUCUCACCCUUAUGUUGGGCUAUGUGCUACUUUUAAGUGCUGUUGGGAUAUCCAACAGUCCAACUGUUAUGCGUUAUUACCGAAUGUUGCUGAGACGCUGGAACCACUAAGGGGCUUGCCUGCAUUGUGAUAUGACCCAUAUGGUCUAACUUUCAUCUCUAGUAAAAUUUUGAAAGAUGUAUGACUCCAUAUUGGACAAUUAAAUUUAUAGACUUGCCAAUCAGCAUCUAUUCAGCUUGAAAUGACAAUUUUAUCUCUUAAAAUUUGUACAUUUUGUAUUUCUAGUCAUAAAGUUCAUUUCAUUUAGUUCAUUCAACCCCAUUUUGCCUCACAUAUGCUUCAUGGAAACUUUUGCUUAGUGCAGUCAACUAAGCAAGGAUUGUGUUCUGUAUUUACAUUUUGUUGGCUGAAUGUAUCACAAUUGGUAGAAUUGAGAGUGAGAAAUUUGCCCCCUAAUAGUCCAGUGCUAUGUUAAUUUGUAUCAAUUUGAUAAUUUUCCAAUCCUUUAUCAUUCCAGUUUUGUUCCUCAAUAGAUUAUCUUUUAAUUUAAAAAAAAAAUCUGUAAAUUGUCUACGACAUUGUGCCAGCACAUCUUUGCUUUACCAGUUAAGAGGCAUUUAAAAAAAGUAAAACAAGUGUCACAUCA